AAGUCAAUAUUUGCUUGCGAGCAAAGAGGAAGGAUUUCUCCACAAAAGGCUGGUAUUGGGGGCCCUUCUUCCUUCCUUCUUCCCAAGGAGAAAAAGAUCUGUCGGCAGGGCUCUGAUUGUGUUUUUCAAGCCCAAAGACGGCCGCAAUGCCCUGGACGACGACGACACUGCUGUUGCUCUGCCUCUUGGCCCUGCGUCACGGGGCCGCCUUUGCCGGAGCCUCAGAUUGGGAGGAAAGCGGGCAGAGGAACAUCCUCCAGGGCCUCAUUGGGGAAAACGCUGUCAUUUUGCCCACUCCGACUUGGCCCAAUGUCCUCAAUGAGGCCCCGGCUGGAGACACGGGUUCACUCGACGAUCAAGGCCUGGAGGAAGAGGACUGCCAGGGUGAAGUGUCCCCCAAGGCCCUGUCGAGGGUGGCCCACGGCCUCAUGGAGCUGGGGGCGGACCUGCUGCGGGAGAUGGAGCGACAGGAACCCCAAAAGAACCUCAUCUUCUCGCCCUUCAGCAUCGGGAUGGCCCUGGCCCAACUGGCCCUCGGGGCGUCGAACGAGACGGAGAGGCUGCUCCUGGAGGCGCUGCAUGCUGAGCAAGUGCCCUGCUUCCAUCAGGCGCUGAGUGAGAUCUCGGUCCACCUGUCGGGGUCGGCGCUCAGCCUGGCCUCCCGGAUUUACCUGCAGCAUGGCUUCUCGGUGAAGGAGGCCUUCCUCCAGGACUGUGAGAGGCUCUACGGGGCCCGGCCGGCCACUCUGUCCGGAGAUAACGAGGCCGAUCUCCAGGCCAUCAACGCCUGGGUCGAGGAAGCCACCGGCGGGCAGGUCCCCAGCAUGAUGUCCGAACUGCCGGCCAACACCGUCAUGCUACUCCUCAAUGCCAUACACUUCCGAGGGUCGUGGAAGACCAGGUUCGACCCGCAGCUGACGGAGCCGAGUCCCUUCUACAUGGAGGAGGAUGUUUCAACCUCGGUGCCCAUGAUGAAGGCGCAGUCGUACCCGCUCAGCUGGUUCACGGUGGAGGAGCUGGAUGUCCAGGUGGCCCGCUUCCCCUUUGAGGGCAACACCAGCCUGGUAGCCAUCCUCCCCAACUCCUUUGAGGGCAACUUCUCCCAGCUGCUGUCCGCACUCGACUCGGCCUGGCUACGCGGCCCCUUCCCCAAAGAGCGGCCCACCGCGGUCCAGAUUCCCAAGGUGGCCUUCCAGUUCCAGGCAGACCUCAAGGAGACCCUCGGGCGUCUAGGCCUGGGCCCCCUCUUCUCCUUUGCGCAGCUGCCGGGUGUUGCGGAGGGGCCCUUGCGUGUCUCGGGGGCCCGGCACCAGGCGGCCCUGGACCUCUCGGAGAGUGGCCUGGAGGCCUCUGUGGCCACGGGGCUGGCCACAUCCCGCUCGCGCUCGGCCUUCCACCUCAACCGGCCCUUCCUCUUCGCCCUCCUCGAGGACCACCUGGGCCUCCCGCUCCUGCUGGGCUGCCUCCGGGACCCCCGCCUGGGAAACACCCACACCACCCACAUGGACACGGAGCCCCAUUGGUUUGAAUACAAAACAAACAUAAGUGGGAAAGCGGUGGUCGCCCAGGGCCCAAGGGGGGUGGGUGGGGGGCGGGUGACGGAAAGAGGCCAAGGCUGCUUUAAGAGCCCCCCCUUGCACAGCCCGGCUGUAACCCGAAGCCAGGCGGCCCCACUAGACAUCCCGGGACGCUUCCCACUCAGGCACAGCAGCCGAGGAGGAGGAAGCCGACCAGCCAGAGACCGACACACAACUGACCAAGGCCCCGCCAUGCGACACCUUGGGAUCCUGCUAUGUCUGGGACUCCUAGUUCUCCCCUGCCGGAGCCAGGAUCCGGGCACCAACCAGCAGGAGGCCAAUGCGGAGGAGGAGGAGGAAGACCCCUUCUUCCAGAGCCCCACAAACAAGCUGGCCGCCUCCGUCUCCAACUUCGGCUACGAGCUCUUCCGCCAGCGAUCCACCCAGACGCCCACCGGCAACGUGCUGCUCUCGCCCUUCAGCCUGGCCACCGCCCUCUCCGGCCUCUCCUUGGGUGCUGGGGAGCGGACGGAGGACACCAUCCAGCGGGCCCUCUUCUAUGACCUUCUGGACAAAGCCCAGGUGCACGAGGUCUACAAGGGCCUCCUGGGCAGCCUCACCGGUCCAGCCAAAGCCUUCAAGACGGCCGCGCGACUCGUCAUGGAGAGAAGGCUGCGGAUGAAAGUGGGCUUUGUGAGCGAGCUGGAGAAGUCCUACGGGGUCCGGCCAAGGCUCCUGAGCGGCAACCCCAGGGCCGACCUCCAAGAGAUCAACAACUGGGUGCAGCAGAGGACUGGAGGGAAGGUGACCAGGAUCCUGGCCGAAACCCCAGCCGGAGUCAGCAUCCUCCUCCUCGGAGCAGCGUAUUUAAAAGGGCAGUGGGCCACCCGCUUUGACCCCAAGCUGACCAAGCUGCAGAGCUUCCACCUGGACGAGGAGCGGGUUGUGCGGCUGCCCAUGAUGUCGGCCCCGCAGGCCAUCCUCAAGUACGGCUUCGAUUCAGAGCUCAACUGCAAGAUUGCGCAGCUGCCCUUGGCUGGCGGCCUGAGCGCCAUGUUCUUCCUGCCCCAAAGCGUGACCCAGAACCUGACCCUGAUCGAGGAGAGCCUCACCUCCGAGUUCGUCCACGACGUCGACAAGCAGCUCAAGGCGGUCCACGCGGUGCUCAGCCUGCCCCGGCUCAAGAUGGUGGCCGAGACCCCCCUCGCUGGGACCCUCCAGGAAAUGCGGCUGCAGGGGCUCUUCUCGGCGCCCGACUUCAGCAAGAUCGCCCCGAAGGCCCUGAAGGUGACCCACGUCCUGCACAAAGUGGCCCUGGACCUCGGGGAGGAGGGGGCCGGGGACGCCUUCCCGCCGGACACGGAGGCCGCCCGCCUCGACUUCCCCAUCGAGUACCACAUGGACCGGCCCUUCCUCUUCGUGCUCCGGGACACCGACACCGGCGCCUUGCUCUUCAUCGGGAAGGUCCUGGACCCCCGGAGCCCUUAGAGCGGCCGGCGGAAAGGGUGGGCGGCCAUCCCUAUCUUGCCGGGUUGUGUAGCCGUGCCACAAUAAACACGCUUCUGCCUGGAAAGCGAGCGUUGAGAACCAUA